AUGGAUCCGUCACCUCGGCCGUCGCCGCACGUCGUCCUCGUAGCCAGCCCAUGCGCCGGCCACGUCAUGCCCAUGGCCGAGCUGGCGCGGCGCCUCGUCGCGUUCCACGGCUGCGCCGCCACGCUCGUCACGUUCUCCGGCCUCGCCGCGUCCCUGGACGCGCACUCCGCCGCGGUGCUCGCGUCCCUCCCGGCGUCCUCCGUCGCCGCCGUCACCCUCCCGGAGGUCACGCUCGACGACGUCCCCGCCGACGCCAACUUCGGUACCCUGAUCUUCGAGCUCGUCCGCCGCUCGCUGCCGAACCUCCGGCAGUUUCUGCGCUCCAUCGGCGGCGGCGUCGCGGCGCUAGUGUCGGACUUCUUCUGCGGCGUGGUGCUCGACCUCGCCGUGGAGCUCGGCGUCCCCGGCUACGUCUUCGUCCCCUCUAAUACUGCGUCGUUGGCAUUCAUGCGCCGCUUCGUCGAGGUCCACGACGGCGCGGCCCCCGGCGAGUACCGUGACCUCCCGGACCCCCUCCGUCUCGCUGGGGACGUGACGAUCCGCGUCGCCGACAUGCCGGACGGAUACCUCGACAGGUCCAACCCCGUGUUUUGGCAGCUCCUCGAAGAGGUGCGGCGAUACCGGCGAGCAGAUGGAUUCUUGGUGAACAGCUUCGCCGAGAUGGAGUCAACCAUCGUGGAAGAAUUCAAGACGGCGGCGGAGCAAGGCGCGUUCCCGCCGGUGUACCCGGUGGGGCCGUUCGUCCGGCCAUGCUCCGACGAGGCCGGCGAGUUGGCGUGCUUGGAGUGGCUGGAUCGCCAGCCGGCAGGGUCGGUAGUGUUCGUCUCCUUCGGGAGCGCCGGCAUGCUGUCCGUUGAGCAGACGCGCGAGCUCGCCGCCGGGCUGGAGAUGAGCGGCCACGGAUUCCUCUGGGUCGUGCGCAUGCCGAGCCACGACGGCGAGUCCUACGACUUCGCAACGGACCACCGCAACGACGACGAGGAAGACCGCGACGGCGGCGGCCAUGACGAUGACCCGCUGGCGUGGCUUCCCGACGGGUUCUUGGAGAGGACGAGCGGCCGGGGCCUCGCCGUCGCGUCGUGGGCGCCGCAGGUGCGCGUGCUGUCGCACCCGGCGACGGCGGCGUUCGUGUCGCACUGCGGGUGGAACUCGGCGCUGGAGAGCGUGUCCGCCGGCGUGCCGAUGGUGCCGUGGCCGCUGUACGCGGAGCAGAAGGUGAACGCGGUCAUCCUGACGGAGGUGGCCGGGGUUGCGCUACGCCCGGCGGCGGCGCGCGGCGGCGUCGACGGGGUGGUGACACGAGAGGAGGUCGCGGCGGCGGUGGAGGAGCUCAUGGAUCCAGGCGAGAAGGGGAGCGCUGCGCGUCGCCGGGCGAGGGAGAUGCAGGCGGCGGCGGCGAGGGCGCGGUCACCAGGCGGGGCGUCGCACCGCGAGCUCGACGAGGUGGCCGGCAAGUGGAAGCAGACAAACCGUGCUCCAUACGAAUAA